UCCUCCGCGGCAGCGCGCACUCCGCUUCCCAGCGCUCCCGAUCUUCCCUCCGCCGGGAGCCGCACCGAGUGGCGGACAUGGCCGAGCGCCGCGCCUUCGCCCAGAAGAUCAGCAGGACUGUGGCCGCAGAGGUACGCAAACAAAUCUCAGGACAAUAUGGCUCCCCACAGCUCCACAAAAACCUGAGCGUCGGAGGAUCACACCAUGCCUCGGUCCCUCUUACUGAAGUGGUCGACCCUGUGGAUUUUGAAGAGUAUCUCACCAGUCAUCCUAUAAUCGCUGACUCCGGCCCCUUAAGAGAUCUGUAUGAAUUUCCUAAUGACGAUGUGGAAGUUGUCUACAUGCCGAGAGAAUGCCGGACGGUGGUCUCGUCCGUGCCGGAGGAGAGUGAAAUGGAGCCGCAUGUCAAGGACUGUGUGCGAAGCUACACCGAGGACUGGGCCAUCGUCAACAGGAAAUACCACAAGCUGGGCACAGGCUUCAACCCCAACACCUUGGACAAGCAGAAGGAGCGGCAGAAGGGUCUUCCUAAGCAGGUCUUUGAGUCAGACGAAGGGCCAGAGUGCAGCAGUUAUCAGGAUGAACAGGAUGAUCUGAAGAGAAGAUCCAUGUCUAUAGAUGACACGCCGCGGGGUAGUUGGGCGUGCAGCAUUUUCGACCUCAAGAACUCCCUUCCUGACGCUUUGCUUUCAAGCCUCUUGGACCGAACCCCAAACGAGGAGAUCGAUCACCAAAACGAACACCAAAGGAAGUCGAGCCGACAUAAAGAACUCUUUGCACUUCACCCAGCUCAGGACGAGGAUGAACCCAUUGAGCGUCUCAGUGUGCCAGAGGUACCCAAAGAACAUUUUGGGCAACGGCUGCUAGUGAAAUGCUUGUCUCUCAAAUUUGAAAUAGAAAUAGAGCCGAUCUUUGCAAGUCUUGCUUUGUAUGAUGCCAAGGAGAAGAAGAAGAUUUCAGAAAACUUCUACUUUGAUCUAAAUUCAGAGCAAAUAAAAGGAAUGCUGCGUCCUUACGUCACCCAGGCAGCCAUCAGUACGUUGGCUAGAUCCGCCGUUUUUUCAAUCACCUACCCUUCCCAAGACGUCUUCCUGGUUAUAAAACUGGAAAAGGUGCUACAGCAGGGCGACAUAGGGGAGUGCGCCGAACCCUACAUGAUCUAUAAGGAGGCGGAUACAGCCAAGAAUAAAGAGAAGCUGGAGAAGCUGCGGAGUCAGGGCGAGCUCUUCUGCCAGCGGCUGGGGAGGUAUCGCAUGCCCUUUGCAUGGACAGCAAUUCAUCUAAUGAACAUAGUGAGCAGCGCCGGGAGCCUGGAGCGAGACUCCACAGAGCUAGAAAUAGGACCUGGAGAACGCAAAGGCUCAUGGUCAGAACGUCGCAAUUCCAGCAUUGUCGGCAGGAGGUCCUUGGAGCGUACCACCAGUGGAGAUGAGUCGUGCAACCUCACCAGCUUCCGGCCGGCAACACUCACAGUCACCAACUUCUUUAAACAGGAAGGCGAUCGGUUAAGUGAUGAAGAUCUGUACAAGUUCCUGGCUGAUAUGAGGAGACCGUCUUCUGUUUUAAGGAGACUGCGCCCCAUUACUGCUCAGCUGAAGAUUGACAUUUCACCGUGCCCAGAAAACCCCAAUUAUUGUCUGACACCUGAAAUCUUACAAGUGAAACCUUAUCCAGACAGCAGAGUGCGGCCGACCAGAGAAAUCCUGGAAUUCCCAGCAAGAGACGUCUAUGUCCCAAACACAACCUACAGGAAUAUUCUGUACGUGUAUCCACAAAGCCUUAAUUUUGCAAAUCGCCAAGGGUCAGCGAGGAACAUUACAGUGAAAGUGCAGUUCAUGAGCGGAGAAGAUCCCAAUAAUGCCAUGCCGGUUAUCUUUGGAAAAUCGAGUUGUCCAGAAUUUUCAAAAGAAGCUUACACAGCCGUGGUCUACCACAACCGGUCUCCAGACUUCCACGAAGAAAUAAAGAUCAGGUUGCCGGCCACAUUAACGGAUCAUCACCACUUGUUAUUCACCUUCUACCACGUCAGCUGCCAGCAGAAGCAGAACACCCCACUGGAGACCCCAGUUGGCUAUACGUGGAUACCGAUGCUCCAGAACGGCCGCUUAAAAACUGGACAGUUCUGUCUUCCCGUAUCCUUAGAGAAGCCGCCGCAGGCGUACUCGGUGCUGUCCCCGGAGGUUCCGCUACCUGGAAUGAAAUGGGUGGACAAUCAUAAAGGAGUGUUCAACGUGGAGGUCGUCUCCGUGUCAUCAGUUCACACACAGGAUUCGUACCUGGACAAGUUUUUCGCCCUGGUCCACGCACUGGAUGAGCACAUGUUCCCCGUUCGGAUUGGGGAUUUAAGGAUCGUGGAAAAUAACCUGGAAAGUGAGCUGAAGAGCAGCAUCCUGGGGUUGAAUUCGGCUCAGCUGGAACCGGUGGUGCACUUCCUCCACCUCCUGCUUGACAAAUUGAUUCUUCUGGUCGUAAGGCCGCCAGUCAUUUCCGGCCAGAUCGUUAACUUAGGUCAAGCGUCAUUUGAAGCAAUGGCUUCCAUCACAAACAGACUCCAUAAAAACCUGGAGGGAAAUCAGGACCAACAUGGAAGGAACAGUCUCCUGGCGUCUUACAUCUACUAUGUGUUCAGGCUCCCAAACACCGACCCCAAUUCACCCUCGCCAGGGCCCGGAAGCCUUGGAGGGUCAAUGCACUACGCCACAAUGGCUCGGACAGCAAACAGACCGGCAAGCCUUAAUUUGAACCGCUCCAGAAGCCUUAGCAACAGCAAUCCUGAUAUCUCUGGGACCCCCACGUCACCAGAUGAUGAAGUUAGAUCUAUCAUUGGUAGCAAGGCCGCGGAGCGCUGUAAUCGCAUGUCCUCGCACACUGAGACCUCAAGUUUCUUACAAACUUUAACCGGACGGUUACCAACUAAAAAGCUUUUCCAUGAGGAGCUGGCGUUGCAGUGGGUGGUAUGCAGCGGAGCCGUGCGGGAAGCCACCUUACAGCAGGCCUGGUUCUUCUUUGAGUUGAUGGUGAAAAGCAUGGUGCACCAUCUGUACUUUGCUGACAAACUGGAUUCCCCUCGGAAGCUCCGAUUUCCUGAGCGCUUCAUGGACGACAUCUCUGCUCUCGUUAGCACAAUGGCUAAUGAUAUUGUCACCAGGUUCCAGAAGGAUAUAGAAAUGGUGGAAAGACUCAAUGUCAGCCUGGCAUUCUUCCUGAAUGACCUGCUGUCCAUCAUGGACCGAGGCUUUGUCUUCAGCCUGGUAAAGGCCUAUUUUAAGCAGGUGUCUUCAAAACUUCACAUCUUACCAAACCCAAGCAUAUUGGUGUCCCUGAGGCUGGAUUUCCUGCGUAUUAUAUGCAGUCACGAGCACUACGUCACUUUAAACCUUCCUUGCGGCCUCCUGACCCCUCCAUCCUCUCCUUCACCAUCUGUUUCCUCUGCUACAUCCCAGAGUUCUGGAUUUUCCACCAACGUCCAGGAUCAAAAGAUUGCAAAUAUGUUUGAGCUGUCUGUGCCCUUCCGCCAGCAGCAUUACUUGGCAGGACUCGUGCUGACUGAACUUGCCGUCAUCUUGGAUCCUGAGGCAGAAGGGCUAUUUGGAUUGCAUAAGAAGGUGAUCAAUAUGGUACACAACCUGCUAUCGACCCACGACUCUGAUCCGCGCUACGCUGAUCCCGAGGUAAAAGCCCGUGUGGCCAUGCUUUACCUCCCGCUGAUUGGCAUAGUCAUGGAGACUGUCCCCCAGCUGUACGAUUUUACAGAAACUCACAACCAGCGAGGGAGACCAAACUGCGCAGCUGGAGAGGAUCACGAAGGUGAUGGUGGGAACAUGAUUAGUCAGACGGUCGCCAUGGCCAUCGCUGGGACGUCUGUUCCGCAACUGACGAGACCCAGCAGCUUCUUACUGACCUCACAACCCUCUCGCCAGCAUUCGACCUUCUCCGCAGAAUCCAGCCGCAGCCUCUUAAUUUGCCUCCUCUGGGUGUUGAAGAACGCGGAUGAGAUUGUGCUGCAGAAAUGGUUCACAGACCUGUCCAUCCUGCAGCUGAAUCGCCUGCUUGACCUACUCUACCUCUGUGUCUCCUGCUUUGAGUACAAAGGGAAGAAAGCUUUUGAACGAAUGAACAGCCUGACGUUCAAGAAAUCAAAAGACAUGAGGGCCAAACUGGAAGAAGCCAUUCUGGGCAGCAUCGGGGCCAGACAGGAGAUGGUCAGGAGAAGCCGAGGUCAGCUUGAGCGGAGCCCGUCUGGAAGCGCCUUUGGCAGCCAAGAGAACCUGCGCUGGAGGAAGGAGUUGACUCACUGGAGGCAGAACACGGACAAGAUGGACAAAAGCCACAAACCCUGCAGGUCCAGAGCAGAACUGGAUCAUGAAGCCCUCAUAGAUGGCAACCUGGCCACCGAGGCCAAUCUGAUCAUACUGGACACUUUGGAGAUUGUGGUCCAGACUGUGUCUUUAACAGAGUCCAAAGAGAGUAUCCUGGGGGGAGUACUGAAGACUCUGCUGCAUAGUAUGGCCUGCAACCAGAGCGCCCUUUAUCUGCAGCACUGCUUUGCAACACAAAGAGCAUUGGUCUCUAAGUUUCCUGAGCUGCUGUUUGAGGAGGAGACGGAGCAGUGCGCCGACCUGUGCCUCCGGCUGCUCAGACAUUGCAGCAGCAGCAUCGGUACCAUCCGAUCGCACGCCAGUGCCUCGCUCUACCUACUCAUGAGGCAAAACUUUGAAAUCGGCAAUAAUUUUGCUCGAGUGAAGAUGCAGGUGACCAUGUCUCUGUCCUCCCUGGUCGGAACGUCACAGAAUUUCAACGAGGAGUUUCUAAGGCGCUCCUUGAAGACCAUAUUAACCUACGCAGAGGAGGAUCUGGAGCUCCGUGAGACGACGUUCUCAGACCAGGUUCAGGAUCUGGUAUUUAACCUCCAUAUGAUACUUUCAGACACGGUGAAGAUGAAGGAGCACCAGGAGGACCCCGAGAUGCUGAUUGACCUCAUGUACAGAAUUGCCAAAGGUUACCAGACGUCCCCGGAUCUGCGGUUAACGUGGCUGCAGAACAUGGCGGGGAAGCACUCUGAAAGGAGCAACCACGCAGAGUCGGCACAGUGCCUGGUGCACUCCGCUGCUCUGGUGGCAGAGUAUCUCAGCAUGCUGGAAGACCGCAAGUAUCUACCGGUUGGCUGCGUCACGUUCCAGAAUAUUUCCUCUAACGUCCUGGAAGAGUCUGCGGUGUCAGACGACGUGGUGUCGCCGGAUGAAGAAGGAAUUUGCUCAGGGAAAUACUUCACGGAGGCCGGACUGGUCGGACUCCUAGAACAGGCUGCGGCGUCAUUCUCCCUGGCUGGUAUGUACGAGGCCGUGAACGACGUCUACAAAGUUCUCAUCCCCAUACAUGAAGCCAACCGAGACGCCAAGAAGCUGUGUGCCAUUCACGGAAAACUGCAGGAAGCAUUCAGCAAGAUCGUCCACCAGAGUACGGGCUGGGAGAGAAUGUUUGGGACGUAUUUCCGUGUUGGUUUUUACGGAACCAGAUUUGGAGAUUUAGAUGAACAAGAGUUUGUUUACAAGGAACCGGCAAUAACUAAACUGGCAGAAAUAUCUCACCGGCUGGAGGGAUUUUACGGGGAGCGUUUCGGGGAGGACGUUCUUGAGGUCAUUAAGGAUUCCAAUCCAGUCGACAAAUGUAAAUUAGAUGCUAAUAAGGCGUUCAUUCAGAUCACCUAUGUGGAGCCGUACUUCGACACCUAUGAAAUGAAGGACAGGAUCACCUACUUUGAUAAAAACUACAACCUGCGGCGCUUCAUGUACUGCACGCCCUUUACCCUGGACGGACGGGCGCACGGAGAACUACACGAGCAGUUCAAGAGGAAGACCAUCCUCACCACGUCUCAUGCAUUCCCUUACAUCAAAACCCGGAUCAACGUCAUUCACAAGGAGGAGAUCAUUCUGACUCCCAUUGAAGUUGCCAUUGAGGACAUGCAGAAGAAGACUCAGGAGUUGGCCUUCGCCACCCACCAGGAUCCGGCUGACCCUAAAAUGCUUCAGAUGGUCUUACAGGGUUCAGUGGGGACGACGGUGAAUCAGGGUCCGCUGGAAGUCGCUCAGGUGUUUUUGUCGGAGAUUCCAAACGAUCCAAAACUAUUUCGGCAUCACAACAAACUUAGACUCUGUUUUAAAGACUUCACAAAAAGGUGCGAGGACGCUCUGCGGAAGAAUAAGAGUCUCAUUGGUCCAGAUCAGAAGGAAUAUCAGCGGGAAUUAGAGCGCAACUACCACCGCCUUAAGGAGGCGCUGCAGCCGCUGAUCAACAGGAAGAUCCCACAGCUGUACAAGAAUGUGGUGCCAGUCGCAUGUCACAGGGAUUCGUUCAGUAGAAUGAGUCUAAGAAAAAUCGACCUGUGAAUAAAGUGGGAUCCCUCCUGACUACGGAACCAAUAGCCGGCUGAGGCAUGGGGCACAGGACCUGCACAUUGUGGUAUCGGGACCAUUCGUGUUGGGCUUUGCCCGUCAGACUGUUACAGGACGGUCCGCUAUCACAGCGUUCUGCGUUUCCAUCAUUUCAUUUUAUUUCCUGUGGUACAAGAAUUCACUUACUAUUUAUGCAGCAUUAAUUUUUAAGUUUAUAUUAAUUUAUAUUCACAUUUUGUCAUUUUUAAUGAUUUUUUUAAAGGUACUCUGCUCCUCCCCAUGUUUUUACCAAAUAUUUUUUUUAAGCCAGCCAUGAAGUUGGGAAUUGUUUUUAUUAAGGUACAAGAGACAUAAAGAGUUAAAGAUGUUGAGUCUGGUACGAAGUGUCCCAAUCCCUGCUCAGUGGCCACCAUAAUGACCCGUCCAUCUUUCACUCCUUUCUAUAACUUCUCGAAGAUCAAGCUCCAGCCGGAUAUAAAGGAAGUCAGCGGGGGCGUCUUCAUCUUUACUGCUCCCCUUUAAGAUUCUUCUAAUGCCAUAAAAACAAAAAACACUUCACUCCCACUGGGGAUGUCCACCAGUCACUUCUAUACUGGGGCCAUCCUCACAGUUGACAUUUCUUCCACAUGCCCAGUAAGCACCUUGUGUCGGUCUCCAUUCACACCUCUAAGCAUGAUCACUCAGGAAUGUCUGCUCCAAACAUGGAUCUAUACACAUUUACUGGACAGAACAGGAAUAGUCUUCACUUUUAAGAAAUGGAGAAUUCCUUUAAGAUACAAUAUGGCCACUCUUGCGCCAGUCUUUAAUGGUUGUAGGACUGACAAACCGGAGCAAUCUCCCACAGUGUCGUCUUGUGACAGUAGAGUAGAAGCACCUUGAGGAAUCCUUACUUUCCAGUUCGAGAAGAAGCAACUUCUAUUUACUUAUUCUGCAUUUGCUGAUCUAUCGGCUCAUGCUGGGAGUUGUAGUCCACUGCUCUACACUCAUUAGCAUGGAGAAUAUGCAGAACGUCUCCAGGAGUUGGCACAGCAUGGGACGGUUUAAGGUACCUUCCAAGGUCCAGGCCUCGUUCUCUCUUCCCUUGUAGGUAGGUGUCCUUUACACAGCACAAGUUACUUUCCAGCCACCGCGCUUAGGAAUAUUAAGAGUACUCCGUUGUCAAGGUAAUCACUGACGGGUUAAUAAAUUGUGGCUAUUUAUUGCUCUUCAGAUUAUAUGCCAUGUAUAUUUUGUAUUGUAUUAUUUGGACUCAUUAAACUAUGAAAUAUUUUAAUUGCCAAA